GUCGCCAGUAUAGACCUUUCAGCCCAAUUUAUACUGCACUACAUCCUCUUUCUUAUCCCCAUUCAUUCGCUACUUACUCCCAUCAGUCUGCCGUAACUGUGGGAGCACAUCAACGCGCCCUCGUGCGGCGCGACCCAUGCUCGCUCGCGUGCCGAUCUUUUUGCGAUCUCUGCCUCCUCCGCAUCUUGCACCGCGCCUUCCACUUCCUCCGUCCCCCUUCUCCUUUCCUCUGUCUGUAGCAUAGUACUCGCCAUGACCGACAUCAAUACCGUCGCCAAGCAGUUCACCGAUUUCUACUAUACCACCUUCGACACGAACCGUGCCGAUCUGCAGGGCCUCUACCGACCCAACUCGAUGUUGACGUGGGAGGGCAACCAAAUCUUAGGAGCCUCCGACAUCGCCGAGAAGCUCACCUCGCUCCCCUUCGAUAAGGUGCAGCACAAGGUCACCACGCUGGACGCGCAGCCGUCCGACCCGACGCUGUCGAACAUGAUUGUCAGCGUAACCGGCCUUCUGCUGGUGGAUGACAAUCAGCACCCCCUGCAAUUCAGUCAGGUCUUCCAGCUCGUUCCUGAGGGCGGCAGCUUCUAUGUCUUCAACGACAUCUUCCGUCUCAACUACGGUGCAUGAUCCCAGGCUAGGCCAGGAACAGCACUGGUGGAGUCCCGGAGCAUCUAACAGUAUGAAUUGCGAACUGGGUAGAAGGAAUUGGAAGGUUGUACGUCAAGAAUUGUUGUUGCUAUAAUACAUUCUCCGUGUUUUGUAA